AUGGCAACUGGAAAGCGUCUUCUUCUCCUUCCUCAUGACCGACAGUGGUGCCCGCAAGAGACAGAAGAUCCGCGACGCCACAUACGAGUACAUCCAGAGCGAUGCCCCAGCCCAGUACCGGACAUCCUGAAACUCGACUACGAGCCCGGCUGCAAGCGUCGAGUCAACACGAACACUUACCUCGAGUGCCUCCACUCGCCCAACAUGCACCUCGCCAAGGAGCUCGUCGUCAAGAUCGAGGACAAGCGCGUCGUCACCGACACGGGUGCGCAGCACGACGCCGACGUGUUCAUCUACGCCACCAGCUUCGCUACCCAGAAGUGGCUCUACCCGCUCCAGAUCAAGGGCGCCAGCGGCAGAGAUAUCCAGCAGGUCUGGGCCCAGGCCGGCGGCGCCGAGGCACACAAGGGCACCGUCGUCGCCGACUUCCCCAACUUCUUUAUCCUAUACGGCCCCAACGCCGGCACCGGCCAGCACUCUGUCGUCUUCCACUCCGAGUGUCAGAUCAACUACUCCUGCCGUCUGCUCAGGCCUGUCCUCAAAGGCUCGUUGCCGGCCGACUCCAUCGAGGCGACACCUGAGGCCCAGAAGCGCGACCUCGCCUGGAGCUGGUGGAUGGAUCCCGAGACAAGGAAGAAUACCUUCAUCUACCCCGAUCCCAUGUACAAGUACUGGCUGCGCACCAUCUUCCCCACUUGGACCGAUUUCGAGAUCCGCAGACGUCCGAGCCGCCACGCAUCGCCGUUCAAAACCGCCGUAGGGACCCUGCUUAGUCUUGGAGUUCUAGCUGUUGCGAUUGCCUCCCUUGCAGACAAGACAAAGGCGCUCGCAUUAUGGCGUCCAUUUCGACCCAAUACUACCAAUUCUUGCUGUCCCAAGGAGUGUGCAGCGCCAUCGGCAUCGCAGCCAUUUUCCAACCUUUUCCAAAAGAAGCUAUGGACCCCCGGCAAGGGCUACGGUGCCGCCAUCGCCUUCGCGGUGCUCUUCGGCUUCUUCUCGGGCGGGUAUGCCAGCCUGAUCAGCUCGGUGAUCGCGCAGAUCUCCCCCCUGCCCGAGAUCGGCUUCCGCACGGCCCUGGUCUUCCUCGUCGCCGCCGCCGCCGCCCGCCACCGCAGGCGGCUCACAAAGCCAACCUUGCGCAUUCAUAUGCGCACCAUCAUCACCCAGGCCAGCACGGCCUCGACGCGCCUCACGUGGCCGUCCACGAAGUCCCUGCGCCGGUCCUCUCCGGGACGCGGUGCCCCCGCCGCCGCCGAGGACAGGAGCAUCCUGUACAGGCGCAUCGUGGUGUGGUUGGUCUCGAACAUUGAGGAGGGCGAGCGUCAUCUCCGGCGACCCUUCGCUAGAACGGGAGAGCUCGUGCAUGUCCGGCCGAACGAAAUGGCAAGUGCCUGA